CUUCAUGAUGAAGAAUAAAAAAACUUUCUUCACAACAACUGAAAUUGUUAGAUGACAUCUAACAGGGUGACCGGUGGCGGGUUAAUUCAAUGUGUUUGUACUUUAUAGAUAGAAAGCAUAUCAAAUGUAACAUUCCUUCUUGCCAAUUUAUUGGUCCAGUUCCUGAAACUCUUACACAAUUAUUGAGUGCCUAUGACAAACACCAAUACCUGCCACCAAUGCCUAGACGAUUCUCUCUGUGGGCAAUACCUAACAUCGCCAUAGCCCUCUCUGACUAAAGGGGCCUAAUCUUCACCCCUUUGCUGUUCAAGUCCUGGUACAUUUCAAAUAGACGAUGUCCACCUUUAGAAUGAGGGAAAAAUGCUCAUUAUUUUCGCAUAAACAUCCUCUAUUCCGGUUUUGGUAAGAAGUCUUAACACUUAACAAAUAGGGCAUGAUCUUACUUACUUUCUUCUUUCCUUGAAACCAACUUAUCUAAAAAUAAAUUUUUAAACUCUAUGCAGUUCAUAAUUCAGGUCAAGUUACCUGAAAUCAUAGAAUAAUGAGUUUUAAACAACACGUACUCCCAUAGCUGAGACUCUCUUUUUCUAUCUUCUUCUAUACUUGUCCCUCGUCACGGAUUGUACCUUUCCUAAGACGUGUUUACAAGGCAUUAUACCUGGUGCAAAUAAAUGGGAAAGCAAAUUGCACGGUUCUUCCUUUUACGGUUCUCACGCCCUCAGGAACCUCUAAUUUGUCCACCAGUACUGUCACGAUGGCUGGCAUCCAAGAUCGAUCAGAAACACCCUGUAGCAGAUCUCGAACUCACGUUGGUAGAUUUUAAUAAUCCAGCGAACAAGUCUGCCCUACGGCUCUCGCAGCUUAAUCAGUCACUUUAGGGCGAUUUAGUCAGUAAUGGUCAAGAAGUUGUGAAACUGGAGUUAUGGCCGGAAUUUGGCUACCAGCUAGAUUAAGGUUUAGCACUAUUGUGUUACCAAGACCUUAGUUGACCAACAGAUGAAUGGCUUACGUUAUCAAACCAUUUCGUCUUGUCUGAUUUCGUGUCAACACCGCAUUUUGCAAAGCGUCCACAUACAGCAAAUAUUCUUCAAGAUAUCCGACAAAGCUAGAAUUGGAUCCGAACUUAACUACAUCUAUUUCCUAGGAAAGGAAACUACUGUUUGUCCAAACUUAACUUCAGAUUCUUCUUCAUCAGUUUUUCCAAAGGACACGUAACCGUCGUAAGGCCAUCGGUAAACUAACGAUACCACAUGGCGAGUCCUAAUAAAUUUCGUAAAGUCCUGAUAUUUCAAGGCAUAGGGAAGUCUUCAAUAUCCCUUUCUAUGCAUCUGUUCAUAAUCAUAAAAAUUACCGAUGAUUUUACCAUAGUAUUACAAAUGAGAUUUGCAAUAAGUGCUCAGUAGAAUAUAAAACAUAUAUUGUAAUCUAGUAGAAGAUGUACUUUAAUUUAUCUCAUCAGGUGCUCAGUUAAAUCAUGUCAGACGAACGGGAGGAAAUGAGAGGAACUUUAAGUCCUUGAAUAUUUUCUAUUCUAUCCUUUGUGGGAACCGAGCCCACCUGACUAAUUACUAACUCAGAUUCUUCAAACCUCGCCUAAUUCAGAAGAGCCUGGCUCAUCGAGAUCAAGGCAUCUGCGUGAAGUAAAUUUCAGUCCUAUUCGGUGUAAAUGCUCAGCCACGUUUCUUCCACAAAGUUAAAUAUCGAUCCUGUUACAAGGGGUGUAGCUAGGGGCAUUAUCACUACCAUCUCUAUCGAACAAAAGGUUGACUAUCCUCAUUUUUCCAUGAAAUUCCAGUUCCCAUGGUCACACUUAAAAUAAAAAUUUGGAGGAAUAUGUGAGUAGGGUUCCUCAUUUAGGUGACUUUCAAAACUCCACAACCUCUAACUUAGUUUGAAUACUCGACUUGUGUUGAACACUACGACUUAAAAUAAGCACCUUUAAUACUACAGAAACUUUUCAUUGUGAAUCUUGCUUGUCUACUCAUCACAGACACUCCAGCCAAAAACAUCUGGCUUGUCAAUCAGCUGGCCACAGCCUGGUAAUCGGUCGUCGCUGUUGGACGCGACAACUUCCACUGUUUGCAUUAUAACUGCCUACCGUUUGCCUACAAUUUUCCUCGUCAUAAAUGAACGACAUUUGAAGAGUAGGAAAGGACUUAUAUCAUUGAUCUUGGUAUGUCAUAAUUUAUUAUACUACGCUUAUAGGCGUAUAGUCAUUAGCAUUUCAUAUUUCCGUUUUUUAAUGUUUACUAAGUUUCCUCUAAGAGUUUUAAUGAAAAUAUUUAUUAGUACUAGUUACAAACAAUUGCAGUGUUACAAAUUACGAAUUCCAGCUAAACCGUAUUCUAAUAAUUUACAGUACAACACUGAAUGUAUUCCAUUUUUCACAUUAUAGUGUGUACCACAAAGCUAUUACGUCGCCUGUGACUUCCAGUUCUACCUGUUGUCUCCGUUGUUCUUGCGGCCACUUCUUUCAAAACCAAAAAUAGGUCUAUGUUUGUUAGCUAUUUCGGCACUGGCUUCCUCCUUGGCUGCCACUGUUAAUUCUUACCUGAAGCAUAUAGGGACUGGAAUGGUUAUAACUCAUACGUAAGUAGCGUAGCCUUACCUUUAUCUUUUCCAAGAAAUAUAAAACAUGAGAAACCGUGUUAGUAUUUUAAUAAAUUUAAUAAUUAUGAAUAAGAGAGUUUAUUUUAUUUGUAUUACUUAAAUUUUGUGGUUAAGUUUUGUGUACAUAUAUUUUAAGAGGACUAAAUAUGGUCUAAUGUUUCAAGAUCAGAUUGUAAUCAUAAUUAGAUUAUUAGAUAUCAUAAUAUAAUUCUUGUGUAUUUACUGAAUUAUUCUGAUAUGAAUAACAUGUUAUAGUUAUAUAUUUAUCCUAUUAAUUUAAGGGUUUGUUAUUUUCGUGACAAUAGGGAAGAUCGCAAUACAGUGUUUGACGACGGUUCCAACUACUACGGUAUCCACUACAGAGUACCAUCAUUCUGUAUGGGCCUCGCCUUGGGGUAUUUUAUCUUCAUGGUCAAGAUUAACAGGCACAAGUUUAACCCAUCUACGAGGUUCUGGUGGCUCGGAUGGACUACCUCAGUAUUGACGUUAAUUGGCUUCGUCCUCGUCACUGCUAUUGUAUGUAACCCUGACCAUAAGUUCUCCCCUUGGCUCGACCCUCUCUACCUUGGCUUCCAGAGGCCUGUGUUUUGUGGCGCAUUGGGCUGGAUCAUAUUCGCUUGCUCCUUAGGUCAUGGAGGUCUAAUAAACCGGUUCUUAUCAUGGCCUGGCUUCCGACCUCUCGGUAAACUGACUUAUUGUGUGUUCCUUGUCCACGUUAUUCCCAUCAACAAUCAAGUUUAUAGUAUUCAUGACCCCAUAGUUUACAGCUUCAUUGAUACGGUAUACCUUUUUAACGGAGACAUGAUAAUCAGCUUUGCCAUGGCUCUCGUCUGUCACCUUACUGUAGAAGCUCCGUGUAGUAGACUGGUAGCCUACCUUCUUUCCGACAAGAACAAGAAAUGAAGACGAAAAUUGGCCAAAUGAGAUUGUUAGCUAGAAAGAAGGAUAAUAAAUAAAAUUGUCGCUAUUUCCAACAGUUAUUCCAUUUUUAGUUAUUUUUACUUUCAUAAUUUUAAUGUACGUUACAAAGUUUAUGAUUAAAGCUUGGUUUUGAAGGACGGCUUACUAAAAAAUUACCAAACUGAUUCCGACGUACUAAAUUGUGUACGUAACGCACGAUGGCCAUUAGUGAGUGAAUGAAUUUACUUACAAUCAAUAUAAACAAAUUUAUAAGAAAGUGUGAUUUUUCAAAUUCAUUGACCACUGUUUCAAGUAGUGUUGCCAGUUAGAAAACUUAAAAAACUAAAAAUACACAUUUAUGUUGGUCUAGCAUCUUAGAUUACUUUGAGCCGCCUUUUGAGUAUCUGAUAAACAUACUUAUGCAAUAUUACAAUAUAGAAAAUAAAUCAUGCAUGGUAAAUACAUAAACAGAAUAAA